CAAACAACAUGGCGGAACCUCCAUCGGCCGUACCGCCACGGACGGGAUCUGUAGGCGGUGGAAAAGCGUCCACCAACGUCGUUUCUACGAUAUCUCAAUUUGCGGACGAUCACCUCACGCUUGUGAGGAGUCUCAGCACCGGUCUUGCAAUAGCUGGGGUGGUUAUAAUAGCACGAAGCAUUAAACUGACUGCUAAGUUUGGCACUGCCUCGGAAAUCCCAGCUUAUUUCAUAGAGAGGAACGUCAGCCUGCGAGGCAGAGUCCGUCGGGUCACAGACAAGGGGCUGGAGGUGGAGCACACCCCCAUCAAGAUCCCGGUGCUUUCCUCCCUGCUGGGGAAAUGUCGCCCGGACAGCCUGCUUGACGUGCGUCUUGCUGGAGUGCAGGUGACCGCUGAGGGCUGGGCGUGGCUUCGGGACCACCUGACGUCCACAGAGACCGUGUGGUUCAGGCUGAUUCGGCGGGACGACAACACUCUCGACUGCCUGGUGUCCCUGGGGAGGGGUGUUGUGUUCAACACGUGUGUGAAUGAGGAGCUGCUUCGCCUGGGCCUGGGAAGGACUGUACCGGUGGUGGGCCUUCACCACGGCUCCCGGCUCUACUGGAGGGUCCACAGGCGCCUGCUGAGGGCCGAGGUGCAGGCGGAGAGGAGGGGACGGGGCCUGUGGGUGCAGGAGAGCUUCUGGAAGAGGCUGGCGGGGGCCCUCAGUGACAGCGCCGUGGUGCGGCUGCUUAAAAAACUGCUCAGACGGACCUAGAACCCUAUGGAGGACAAAAGCCGGGCCGGAUUUUGGUUGGGUGGGAGGUCAAUAUGUAGAGAAGACAAGCCAGAAGUACUACCUGGUCAGAAAUAUCUUCGGUAAUAAAUGUAAUAAAUUACGUGACUUUGUAAAAACCUUAUUUGUAAAUAAAUACUGUAUUUACCA